GGCACGCCCAAGAUCAUCUCCUCCUUCAGUGAGAAAGUGUUUGGAACCAACGAGUUUGUGUCACUGUUCUGCACGGUGAAAGGCACGCCGGAGCCCAGGGUGACGUGGACGCUGGACGACGAGCCGGUGAUCAGGGACUCCCGCCACCGCAUCGGCCACUACACCAACCAGGAGGGCCACGUGGUCAGCCACCUGAACAUCAGCCAGACCACAGGGCCGGACGGGGGUGUCUACCGGUGCAUCUGCAACAAUUCGGCCGGGGCAGUCUCCUACCAGGCGCGAAUAAACGUAAGAGGUGCUUGUCAGAUCAGCUCCUCCAAAACAAUUACAUUUUACACAUGUUUAUGAAUUCAUUUGUUUUUGUUGUUUUUCCUGAUGCAUGUUUUUGUUUUGUUGCUAAGCUCCUUUGAGAGUGCCUGAAUAACCUAUUUUGAGCUCUUUCCAGGGUCUCUAUGUUGGUUGUGUGUGUUCUGUGUGUGCCGUGUUAGUUGUGCACCAUUUGUUUGUUUCUUUCCUUCUUGUUUUGUUUACGUAUGUCAUCACACAAAUAUGUAUGUGUGUAAAUGUGUGUCUGUGUCUGGGUGUGUGUCUAUGUGUGUUUGUCUGUUUCUAUCUGGUCUGUUUUCCCCAACUGUCAUUCUGUCUGUGUCGAUGUGGGUCUCUUUGUGUCAACUAGUUCCCCUGUCUGUCUGUCCUCAUCUUUUUUCCUUUUGCUUUCAUUUCCUAUUCAGAACAUGGCAAAUUUUCCUAGGGGCUCGUAUAGUGCUGCGAUCAUCACUCACUGCUGUCAGCGGUAACUUCUCUAAUGCCCUAUCUAACACCCGCUGAUGGCUUGAUAUUGGGACACCAUUAAGUUGAUUUACACUAGCACUAGCAUAUGACUGAGGAGCAUUCUACACUCAGCAGGGAGGUGCCAGGCAGCUCUAAAGCCAGCUACUCUAGGACUGACUGUCACCAUGGUUUCUGGGGGUCUAUCUAGAGACUCCGGGCCCUCCAUCCUCUACUUAAUGCUAAUUCAAAACAGAAAAGGAUAGGCCUAUGGUCUGUGUUAUGGAUUGGAUAACUCCUUUUGAUUGUUUGCCCCCUGGAAAGUAGGGUUGUCACGAUACCAGUAUGGCGAUACUCAGAGGUAUCGCGGCAAGGAAACAAAUCAUGAAGCGGACAACAUUUCCUGAGGAAAACAGUCCUAAUGUUGGAAACAAGCAACCUUAUGUUGUCACCUAGAAUCACAUUUAUUUUCCAAACUAUAGCACACACUAUUUUACAUAGAGUAGGUUUUGCAAAGGACCAAAGAGUUUAGUCUGUUUUGUGUUUUCCUUUUUGCCAUGGAAAAUCAGGUAUCGUAGUAACGCGAUACUGGUAUCAUGACAACCCUACUGGAAAGCACCAUGUUUAGUGAAGGGAUGCUAAAGUCUCCAGUUCAGUAGGCUAGCUAGCCUAGCGCAGAGCAUAGAAGAUAAAUCUUCCCAGGUGCCAUUGCGGAGACAGUGUAAUGACUGUUUCUCGCAUUGUUGGCUCCUUAAUCAUGCUAAAGAGAGUAGCAGUGUGGAUGCCUGCGCAGUGCACUAGAGGUGCACACCACCACAUAUUUAGUUAAACUCUCUUCUAUUCGACAGUGCCUUCAAAGUAUUCACACCCCUUGACUUUUUCCACAUUUUGUUGUGUUACAGCCUGAAUUUAAAAUGGAUUAAAUUACGAUUUUUUUGUCACUGGCCUACACACAAUACCCCAUAAUGUCAAAGUGGAAUUCUGUUUUCGAAAAGUUUACAAAUUACCAAAAAAUGAAGAGUUGAAAUAUCUUGAAUCAUUAAGUAUUCAACCCAGUUGUUAUGGCAAGCCUAAAUAAGUUCAGGUGUAAUCAUUUGCUAAACAAGUCAUAUAACAAGUUGCAUGGACUCACUCUGUGUGCAAUAAUAGUGUUUAACAUGAUUUUUGAAUGACGACCUCAUCUCUAUACCCCACAAAUACAAUUAUCUGUAAGGUCCCUCAGUCAAGCAGUGAAUUUCAAACACAGAUUCAACCACAAAGACCAGGGAGGUUUUCCAAUGCUUCACAAAGAAGGGCACCUAUUGGUAGAUGAAAAAAAAAAAGCUGACAUUGAAUAUCCCUUUGAGUAUGGUGAAUUUAUUACACUUUUGAUUGUGUAUCAAUACACCCAAUCACUACAAAAGAUACAGGCGUCCUUCCUAACUCAGUUGCCAUCAGUAGCGGUGCGGGGGUAAAAUAACUGGGAAAGCCAAGCUGAAAAACAAUAGCCACAUUACAACCAGUCUUGUGAUAAUUGCGUUGUUUGCUCUAUAACCCAUAUAAUAAUAAUAAUAAUAAUAAUAAUAAUAUAAUGUAUGCACUCACUAACUGUAAGUCGCUCUGGAUAAGAGCGUCUGCUAAAUGACUAAAAUGUAAAGGUAAAUGUAAAUGUAAAUGUAUAACCUGUUGGUUCAUAUGCCUUUCCACUGUGAUAUAUAGGCCUAAGGCCAAUACAAUAAGACGACACAGUGGCAGAAUAAAUUCAACCACACCUUUGUUUCAUCACAAAACUGGAGAGCAACAUCUGUCCGGUGGAGUCAGCAAAGCAUAUUGCAUGUAACAAACAGUUACAUGUCCUACAGCAUGGUCAAUCAAGUUAAUAAAAAAAAAUCAAGUAAAAAAAAAAAUCAAGUAAAAAUCAAGUAAAAAAAAAUCAAGUAAAAAAAAAAAAAAUAAAAAAAAAAAAAAUAAUAAUAAUGUUUCCGACAUUUUUGGACAACUAAACAACUUUUGAUUUAGACCACUGGAGAGUUUGCGCAAGUCACAAAGAAAACAGGAGCUGUCUCUACUAUUCCAGCACCAUUUCAACUUCAACAUUUCAACAUCUUUAAAUCAUAUAUGCUUAGUCUAAUACAGUGACAACUAAAAGAUUCCAAAAACUAUUUAGUCCAAUCAACGUAAGCUAAAUAUCAUUUGGCUGUCUAUGGUACUGAUUUGUGUGUGUCUGUGUGUAGAGAAAACAUGUUGACUCACCCUACUUGUAGAGAAACGCCAAUGGCAUCCUCCUCUCUUUCAUGUUGCAGUAACGGUCGACUCUGUCAUAAAGUACACGCUUUUAGUUUUUGUUGUCCUCGGCUACCUGGCUAAAUUGCUUACUCGCUAGCCAAACUUCCUUUCAUGGGCAAUGAUUAGCCAGCUAGUUAACAUUAGCCUACAACAUCUAGCUACAUAUUGAACUUCCAUCCUCUCAGGCCAGAGGCACAAUGUAUGAAUUUACGGUUGGAUCAGAAUUGCCAUUAUAAUACUUGGCCAGUACGGAGAAUUAAGUAAAACCACAAGUCCAAAUCCCUAUCUCCGUCCAUGGCUAAUUUAGGAAAGGGACAAUUUUUGCUAGCUGGCUAGCCACCGGAGACAACACAACGAGAUGCAACAAUUCAAGUUUAUUUCUGUCAAAUUACUUUUGGCUUGAUGUGAUGUGAUUGUUGUGUAGCCAAAUCCAAACUGGCUUCCUUUGACACUUUUUUUGGGUGAACCAGGACCACUCACAGUUGAGCUCAAUCAAUUUAGCUCAACGCUGAUUGGCUACUAUUGUAUUUUUUUAUGAAGGGAGGCCAAAUGGUUGAUGGCUUCCCUUGCAUUCAAUACUACGGGUGACAACAAUAUCAUACUAUUUUUGACCAGACAGCAUCAGAAAGAUGGGCUAUGCCUCCCAAGUGGCGCAACGGUCUAAGGCACUGCAUUGCAGUGUUGCGGCGUCACUACAGCCUGGGGUUCGAUCCCGGGAGUCCCAUAGGGCGGCGCACAAUUGGCCCAGCGUCGUCCGGGUUAGGGGAUGGUUUGGCCGGGGGGGCUUUACUUGGCUCAUCGUGCUCUAGCGACUCCUUGUGGCGGGCCAGGCACCUGCAGGCUGACUUCGGUCGUCAGUUGAACAGUGUUUCCUCCGACACAUUGGUGCAGCUGGCUUCCGGGUUAAGCGAGCGGGUGUUAAGAAGCGCGGCUUGGUGGGUCAUGUUUCGGAGGACGCAUGACUCGACCGUCGCCUCUCCCGAGCCCAUUGGGGAGUUGCAGCGAUGAGACAAGAUCGUAAUUGGAUCGUAAUUGGAUAUCACGAAAUUGGGGAGAAAAAGUGGGCUACACAUACAGAGACAGAGAGGCUUGGAUGCUUUCUCCGGUGAGAUACAUUCAGCCUCUUGCAAACAAUUAAUGUUUAUUUCUUUUUUUAAUUGGGUAUCCUUGUAAUCGUUAAGGACUGGGGAGUUUUUCAGGAUAAAAAAUAAAUGGAAUGAAGCUAAGCACAGGCAAAAUCCUAGAGGAAAACCUGGUUCAGUCUGCUUUCCACCAGACACUGGGAGAUUCAUUCACCUUUCAGCAGGACAAUAACCUAAAACACAAGGCCAAAUCUACGCUGGAGUUGCUUACCAAGAAGACAGUGAAUGUUCCUGUGUGGCCGAGUUACAGUUUUGACAUAAAUCUGCUUGAAAAUCUAGGGCAAGACCUGAAAAUGGUUGUCUAGCAGUGAUCAACAACCAAUUUGACAAAGCUUGAAGAAUUUUGAAAAUAAUAAUAUACAAAUGUUGCACAAUCCAGAUGUGGAAAGCUCUUCGAGACUUACCCAGAAAGACUCACAGCUGUAAUCGCUGCCAAAGGAGACUCUAACAUGUAUUGACUCAAACACUUCUACACUACCGGUCAAAAGUUUUAGAACACCUACUCAUUCAAGGGUUUUUCUUUAUUUUUACUAUUUUCUACAUUGUAGAAUAAUAGUGAAGACAUCAAAACUAUGAAAUAACACAUAUGCAAUCAUGUAGUAACCAAAAAAGUGUUAAACAAAUCAAAAUAUAUUUUAUAUUUGAGAUUCUUCAAAUAGCCACCCUUUGCUUUGAUGACAUCUUUGCACACUCAUGGCAUUCUCUCAACCAGCUUCAUGAGAUAGUCACCUGGAAUGCAUUUCAAUUAACAGGUGUGCCUUGUUAAAAGUUAAUUUGUGGAAUGUCUUUCAUUCUUAAUGCGUUUGAGCCAAUCAGUUGUGUUGUGACAAGGUAGGGGGGGGGGGGGUAUACAGAAGAUAGCCCUAUUUGGUAAAAUACCAAGUCCAUAUUAUGGCAAGAACAGCUCAAAUAAGCAAAGAGAAACGUCAGUCCAUCAUUACUUUAAGACAUGAAGGUCAGUCAAUACGGAAAAUGUCAUGAACUUCGAAAGUUUCUUUAAGUGCAGUCGCAAAAACCAUUAAGCGCUAGGAUGAAACUGGCUCUCAUGAGGUCCGCCACAGGAAUGGAAGACCCAGAGUUACCUCUGCUGCAGAGGAUAAGUUCAUUAGAGUUACCAGCCUCCGAAAUUGCAGCCCAAAUAAAUGCUUCACAUAGUUCAAGUAACAGACACAUCUCAACAUCAACUGUUCAGAGGAGACUGUGUGAAUUAGGCCUUCAUGGUCGAAUUGCUGCAAAGAAACCACUACUAAAGCACACCAAUAAGAAGAGACUUACUUGGGUCAAGAAACAUGAGCAAUGGACAUUAGACCGGUGGAAAUGUGACCUUUGGUCUGGAGUCCAAAUUGGAGAUUUUUAGUUCCAACCGUUGUGUCUUUGUGAGACGCGGUGUGGGUGAACGGAUGAUCUCUGCAUGUGUAUUUCCCACUGUAAACCAUGGAGGAGGAGGUGUUAUGGUGUGGGGGUGCUUUGCUGGUGACACUGUCUGAGAUGUAUUUAGAAUUCAAGGCAGACUUAACCAGCAUGGCUACCAACGCAUUCUGCAGCGAUACGCCAUCCCAUCUGGUUUGGGCUUAGUGGGACUAUCAUUUGUUUUUCACCAGGACAAUGACCCAACACACCUCCAGGCUGUGUAAGGGCUAUUUUACCAAGAAGAAGAGUGAUGGAGUGCUACAUCAGAUGACCUAGUCUCCACAAUCACCCGACCUCAACCAAAUUGAGAUGGUUUGGGAUGAAUCGGACUGCAGAGUGAAGGAAAAGCAGCCAACAAGUGCUCAGCGUAUGUGGGAACUCCUUCAAGACUGUUGGAAAAGCAUUCCAGGUGAAGCUGGUUGAGAGAAUGCAAAGAGUGUGCAAAGCUGUCAUCAAGGCAAAGGGUGGCUAUUUGAAGAAUCUCAAAUAUAAAAUAUAUUUUGAUUUGUUUAACACUUUUUUGGUUACUACAUGAUUGCAUAUGUGUUAUUUCAUAGUUUUGAUGUCUUCACUAUUAUUCUACAAUGUAGAAAAUAGUAAAAAUAAAGAAAAACCCUUGAAUGAGUAGGUGUUCUAAAACUUUUGACCGGUAGUGUAGAAGUGUUUGAUUUUUUUAUAAAUGUUUUACAAAUGUUAGAAUUUUCUUCCACUUUGACAUUUCAGAGGAUGUUGUGUAGAUCGUUAAGAAAAAAAGACAAUUAAAUCCAUUUUAAUCCCACUUUGUAAAAACAAAAUGUGGAAAAAGUCAAGGGGUGUUAAUACUUUCUGAAGGCACUGUAUCUAGCUACAGUAUCCAACUGUAGAUUAGUACAGUGUUUUCCAACCCUGGUCCUCGAGUACCCCCAACAGUACACAUUUUUAUUGUAACGCUGGACAAGCACACCUGAUUCAACUUGUCAACUAAGCCCUCAAUGAGCUGAAUGAAGUGUGUUUGUCCAGGGCUACUAACAAAAAUGUGUACUGUUGGGGGUACUGGAGGACCAGGGUUGGGAAACACUGAUCUACAGUAUGUAAAAUAUCCAGUAUCCAAUAUGGAAUCAUAUUGUUAUAUAUGCUGUUGGUUUUCCAGUAGUGUGAAAGAGAGAGCGUGGGAACAUGAGUAAUGGUUUUGAUAAUAGGUUCAUGAGUGGAGAGUGGGAACAUUGCACUCCAAUGCUUGUCAAACGCAAUCAUGGCUGGCGUCUAGCAGGUGCUAGAACAGUAUAAUAAUAUUCACUUCACCUCAGAGAGUUUAAAAUAGGAAGGUAGGUAGACCCCCUCUGGAACACUCAGCUAUGGAUAGGUCCCAGGAUGAGGUGAUUUUAUAUUGCUAUUAUUUCAUAAGACUAUUAUAGGAAAUAAAUGGCAAGAUUUUACAUAAAUGAGCACUGCUCUAUAAUAGAGAAGUAUUCAUUUUUGUAAAAUCUGUUCAUUUAUGUACAUUCUUGCCCUUUAUUUACUAAUUACAGGGAAAAGAGGUGUUUAUAUUAUUCUAAUCUAUUAUCCACAGUAGGAUAUAGUAGUCAGGCACUGAGGAAGAUAUUGUUUUAAUAUGUUACAAUCCCCAAUAAAUGUUUCCUUUGUCUUUCAGAAUGAAUCACUGUCUGUAUCCAUGGUUUUUGACACACUUCAACAUCUCACACUUCUAAAGUUUCACAUUUCUUAGCCUCAAAAUCAUUUUAAGAGAGGUAUUUCUCUUCUGUCUCCUUUAAGGGCCUGCCAGCAUACGACCAAUGAAAAACCUUACCGCCAUUGCUGGGCGGGACAUGUAUAUCCACUGCCGCGUCAUUGGCUACCCGUACUACUCCAUUAAGUGGCACAAGGACGCCAACCUGCUCCCCUAUAACCACCGGCAGCGGGCGUUUGAGAACAAUGGCACGCUAAAGCUGUACGAUGUACAGAAGGAUGUGGAUGAGGGAGAGUACACGUGUAGCGUGCUGGUCUCGCCUUCUCUGUCCACCAGCCAAAGUGUGCACGUCAGUGUGAAAGGUACAGUACACACUCAAACCUGGUCUCACUCUGCCCUACUCAGUUAAAUAUAUAACCCAGGGCUCCCCAACCUUUAGAGCUACCUGUUAGCUCCAAGCAUCAUCUAACACACGUGAUUCUACUAAUUAGCUGCUCAUCAGGACCUUGAUUUGCUGGAUCUGGUGCGUUACAGCCCUUGGUAUAGGCACGUUACAAAUGUCUGCCACAAUCAGUGAAAGGUAUGGCUCCUAUAACUAACAGUGUAAAGGAGCUGAUCUGAACAUCCACAGCCGCUGUGCCAGUCUCCCAGUACAUAACUUCAAAUGGCUCUGUAGUCUUCCCUCAAUAAUGACGCUGCAUAAUCGGAAUCCCCUCUCAUGGGUCUCGGCGCCGCCCCCACGUUAAGGAGUGUGCAAGGCGGUGGAAAUCAUGCUGGCUGUGGCCCUAGACAAAGCUGGGAACACUGUCAUUCCCACUCUGCCUAAUUUGCCUCUCGGCUGCUUAGCAUUCCGAGGCUGAGGAGAGGAGAGGGAAUCCCCAGGAGCCCAUUAUGCCUACUUUGUUGUGAAUUAAAUAAGCGCUGAAGUGCUGCUUAUUCCAAUGUUAUUUUAAAUCAUUAAUUCUCCAAAGAAUCUGUUUCUCACGAUGUCUACGGUGUCCCAGGAGAGAGAGGGAGAGGGAGACCACAGCCAUGCUUAUGCAGUCAGGCAUAUGCGUGUUAUUUCAGUGAGAAUUCUGCCUCUCCGCAAUGGGAAAUAUAAUCAUUUUCUCUCUCACCUGCAUCUCCACUGUGUUAAGCCAUGCUAUUAAUAAGGUGAUAGACUGGAUGUGAAAUAUUUUCACAGGGGUUUCACAGGAUGGCACCUGCUAUACUUACAGUGGUACACAAAUAGAAGUAACUGAGUUAAAUCCUUGCUUUUAGAGAUUUUAGAGAUUUUUAAAUACCCUUACCUUAACUCUACCCCUCUCUUUCUCCCGUAGUUCCUCCCACCAUCCAUCCCUUCGAGUUCCCUCGUUUCUCCAUCGGCCAGCGUGUGUUCAUUCCAUGUGUGGUGAUGUCAGGUGACCAGCCUGUCUUCAUCACCUGGCAGAAGGACGGUCGGCCAAUUCCGGCCAGCCUGAGCGUAACCAUCGACAACAUAGACUUCACCAGCUCCCUGCGUAUCUCCAACCUGUCUCUCCUGCACAAUGGCAACUACACCUGCAUCGCACGCAACCAGGCCGCCAUCGUGGAACACCAGAGUCAGCUCAUCGUCAGGGGUGAGAAGGGGACGGAGAAAGGUGGGAAGUAGGCUGGGAGGGGGGAGUAUGUGGAGAGGGGUGAGAAGGGGAUAGAGGGAGGUGAUGGGGGAGGGAGGGUGGGGAGAGGGGGAAAAGGGGCGAGAAGGCUUGACCCUACUCAAAGAUAUGAGUCUAGAAGGUAUUUGCUAGUUUUGCAAGUAUUUUGCUAGAUUAAACUCUCUUCAUGUGUUCCCCUACAGUUGGAGUGGAUCCAAAUCAACCUACCACUAGGCCUAUGUUGGGUAUAGCAUAAGAAAACCUGGCAAAACGAUAUGCUUAAACAAAAUAUAACCCUAAUCCCAAUAGCAGCGUUGCACAUGCUGUUUUACUGUAAUCUUAAUAUUUUAAUAUUGUGAUGUGAGAUGCCACUUAUUCCACUACUGAAGGCAUGGUUGGGGUCAAUUCCAUUUAAAUUCCAGUCAAUUCACAAAGGCUACUGAAAUUCCUUUUCCAAUUCUCUUCAAUGCUUUUCAAUUAGGAAAAAUUGGAAUUGGAAUUUUGUUUACUUUAUGAAUUGACUGGAAUUUAAAUGGAAUUGACCCCAACCCUGCUAAUAUGCUAACCUACGUUAGCGUUGGCUUGUCUUGUUUUUCUUACACUUGGUGUGAAAAUAUAUAAUUUAUAAUUUGUGCUAUUUAAGCCACAAGGUAUUACAAACUCAUACUAAAACACCAUAACAGUAUAAUCAGUGUUAAUAAAUUACCUUUUUUCUGUUCCUCUCCUAACUAGUCCCUCCCAAGUUUGUGGUGCAGCCCAAGGACCAGGACGGCAUCUAUGGGAAAGCUGUGAUCCUCAACUGCUCCGCAGAGGGAUACCCCGUCCCUACCAUAGUGUGGAAGUACUCCAAAGGUAAAUAGCACCACAAUAUACACUGAGUGUACAAAACAUUAGGAACACCUUCCUAAUAUUGAGUUGCACCCCCUUUUGCCCUCAGAACAGCCUCAAUUUGUCAGGCAUGGACUCUACAAGGUCUCAAUGUGUACCAUAGAGGAACUUAUUCAAGAAUGAUCAAGUGUAAUGUAUUAUAAAAAUAAAGCGAAUUGGAUGGAAUAUGGGGGAAAAUGCACCAAAUUCUUUUUUAAUUUUUAACAUAGAAAUGCUACAAAAAAUAAUUUACUGAAACUUGUUACAAAUGACGGAGUCACCCAUGAUUCAUCAAACAAUAUUUUGAAAGAGGAAGCAAAGUACUUUAAGCAUAUGUUUUCGUUUGUCUCCUCCAUCUCCACUUUUAUUCAUGUAAAAUUAACAGCUGUAUAGAAAGACUCAUGUGAAGGCCAAAUUACAGAGGAGGAACUUCUUGAUGCAAUUAAAGCCUUUAAGUCUGGGAAAACUCCAGGGCUGGAUGGCAUACCAGUAGAGGUAUACCAAACCUUUUUUGAUAUAGUCAGAGGACCGUUAUUAGCAUGUUUUAAUCACUCCUAUAAAAAUGGUAGAUUAUCAGAUACUCAACAAGAAAGUCUGAUUUCAUUAUUACUGAAACAGGUCCAAGUGGUAAAUGUAAAGAUCCAGUCCAUUAAAAUUUUUUGAGGCCCCUUACACGUCAGUGUUGUGAUGCAAAAAUUCUAGCAAAAUGCAUAGUGCAUAGAAUUAAAAAAGGUAUUGUCGGAUAUUAUUAAUCCUAAUCAGACAGGUUUUUUACAUGGACGAUACAUUGGAGAUAAUAUCCUCCCGAGUGGCGCAGUGGUCUAAGGCACUGCAUCGCAGUGCUAGCUGUGCCACUAGAGAUCCUGGUUCGAAUCCAGGCUCUGUCGUAGCCGGCCGUGACCGGGAGACCCAUGGGGCGGCGCACAAUUGGCCCAGCGUCGUCUAGGGUAGGGGAGGGAAUGGCCGGCAUGGAUGUAGCUCAGUUGGUAGAGCAUGGCGUUUGCAACGCCAGGGUUGCGGGUUCGAUUCCCACUGGGGUAUGAAAAAAAAAAAAUGUAUGCACUCACUAACUGUAAGUCGCUCUGGAUAAGAGCGUCUGCUAAAUGACUAAAACGUAAAUGUAAAUAUAAGACAAGUACUGGAAACAAUAGAACACUAUGAAAAUCUGGUUUACCAGGUCUGGUAUUCAUAGCUGACUUUAAAAGGCUUUUGAUAAAGUACGACUGGAAUUUAUAUAUAAAUGCCUUGAAUAUUUCAAUUUUGGAGAAUCUCUUAUACAAUUGGUUAAUGUUAUGUAUAGUAGUAACCCUAGGUGUAAAAUAGUAAAUAAUGGCUACUUCUCGGAAAGUAUUAAACUGUUAAGAGGAGUAAAACAAGGUUUUCCACUAUCGGCAAAUCUAUUUAUUAUGGCCAUCGAAAUGUUAGCUAUUAAAAUCAGAUCCAACAAUAAUAUCAAGGGGUUAGAAAUACAGGGCUUAAAAACAAAGGUGUCAUUCUAUGCUGAUAAUUCAUGUUUUCAUUUAAAUCCACAAUUUGGAUCCCUCCACAGCCUCAUAGAGAAUCUAGAUACUUUUUCUAACCUCUCUGGCUUACAACCAAAUGAUGAUAAGUGUACUAUAUUACGUAUUGGAUCACAAAAAAAUUAACUUUUACAUUACCGUGUAGUUUACCAAUAAAAUGGUCUGACGGUGAUGUGGACAUACUCGGUAUACAUAUCCCGAAAGAAAGAAAUUAUCUCACUACAAUACAUUUUAAUAGAAAGUUAGCAAAAAAAGAUAAGAUCUUGCUACCAUGGAAAGGAAAAUACCUGUCUAUUUGUGGAAAAAUCACCCUGAUUAACUCUUUAGUCAUAUCCCAGUUUACCUAUUUGCUUAUGGUCUUGCCUACACCUAGCGACCUGUUUUUUUAAAUUAUAUGAGCUAAAAAUAUUCAAUUUGAAUUAGAACAGCAAGCCAGACAAAAUUAAACAGGCCUAUUUAUAUAAUGAAUAUGAAUUCAGAGGGCAGAAAUGAUUAAAUAUUAAAGCAUUAGACCUCUCACUAAAGGCGUCAGUCAUACAAAAGUUAUGCUUAAAUUCGAACUGGUUUUCUAGCAGAUUAGUAAGAAUGUCUCACCCCAUGUUCAAGAAUUGCCUUUUUCGCUUUAUUCAGAUUACAACCUCUCACUUUCGGUUAUUUGAAAAGGAAAUAAUCUCCAAAAUAUCGCUAUUUUUAAACAAAUCAUAGAAAGUUGGUUGCAAUUUCAGUUUCAUCCACCAGAAAAGACAGAACAAAUAAUAAAAUAAAUAUUGUGGUUAAACUCAAAUAUAGUAAUUGAUUAAAAAAAAACAUAAUUGUUUUUACAUUUUAUAUAAUUGUAUAUCAUCUUUGUAAAUGAUAUUAUAAAUAGGACUGGUGGAAUUAUGUCAGAAAUGCAGCUGACAAAAAUACAGUGCUUUCAGAAAGUAUUCAGACCCCUUGACUUUUUCCACAUUUUGUUACGUUACAGCCUUAUUCUAAAAUUGAUUCAAUUGUUUUUCCCCCUCAAUUAAUCUACACACAAUACCCCAUAAUGAAAAAGCAAAAACAGAUUUUUAGAUUUUUUUUGCAAAUAAAAAAAGAAUAAAGAAAACGGAAAUAUUACAUUUACAUAAGUAUUCAAAUCAAAUCAAAUCAAAUUUUAUUUGCCACAUGCGCCGAAUACAACAGGUGUAGACAUUACCGUGAAAUGCUUACUUACAGCCCUUAACCAACAAUGCAUUUAUUUCUUAAUAAAAAAUAGCUCAAUUGGUAGAGCAUGGCGCUUGUAAUGCCAGGGUAGUGGGUUCGAUCCCCGGGACCACCCAUACGUAAAAAUAUAUGCACACAUUACUGUAAGUUGCUUUGGAUAAAAGCGUCUGCUAAAUGGCAUAUUAUAUUAUAUUAUUAACAACAACAAAAAAGUGUUGAGAAAAAAAGAGCAGAAGUAAAAUAAAAUAACAGUAGGGAGGCUAUAUACAGGGGGGUACCGGUGCAGAGUCAAUGUGUGGGGGCACCGGCUAGUUGAGGUAGUUGAGGUAAUAUGUACAUGUGGGUAGAGUUAAAGUGACUAUGCAUAAAUCAUUAACAGAGUAGCAGCAGCGUAAAAAGAUGGGGUGGGGGUGCAAAUAGUCCGGGUAGCCAUGAUUAGCUGUUCAGGAGUCUUAUGGCUUGGGGGUAGAAGCUGUUGAGAAGCCUUUUGGACCUAGACUUGGUGCUCCGGUACCGCUUGCCGUGCGGUAGCAGAGAUAACAGUCUAUGACUAGGGUGGCUGGAGUCUUUGACAAUUUUGAGGGCCUUCCUCUGACACCGCCUGGUAUAGAGGUACUGGAUGGCAGGAAGCUUGGCCCCAGUGAUGUACUGGGCCGUACACACUACCCUCUGAAGUGCCUUGCGGUCGGAGGCCGAGCAGUUGCCAUACCAGGCGGUGAUGCAACCAGUCAGGAUGCUCUCAAUGGUGCAGCUGUAUAAUUUUUUGAGGAUCUGAGGACCCAUGCCAAAUCUUUUCAGUCUCCUGAGGGGGAAUAGGCUUUGUCGUGCCCUCUUCACGACUGUCUUGGUGUGUUUGGACCAUGAUAGUUUGUUGGUGAUGUGGACACCAAGGAACUUGAAGCUCUCAACCUGUUCCACUACAGCCCCGUCAAUGAGAAUGGGGGCGUGCUCAGUCCUCUUUUAUUUCCUGUAGUCCACAAUCAUCUCCUUUGUCUUGGUCACGUUGAGGGAGAGGUUGUUAUCCUGGCACCACACGGCCAAGUCUCUGACCUCCUCCCUAUAGGCUGUCUCAUCGUUGUCGGUGAUCAGGCCUACCACUGUUGUGUCGUCGGCAAACUUAAUGAUGGUGUUGGAGUCGUGCCUGGCCAUGCAGUCAUGGGUGAACAGGGAGUACAGGAGGGGACUGAGCACGCACCCCUGAGGGUCCCCCGUGUUGAGGAUCAGCGUGGCAGAUGUGUUGUUACCUACCAUUACCACCUGGUGGCGGCCCGUCAGGAAGUCCAGGAUCCAGUUGCAGAGGGAGGUGUUUAGUCCCAGGAUCCUUAGCUUAGUGAUGAGCUUUGAGGGCACUAUGGUGUUGAACGCUGAGCUGUAGUCAAUGAAUAGCAUUCUCACGUAGGUGUUCCUCUUGUCCAGGUGGGAAAGGGCAGUGUGGAGUGUAAUAGAGAUUGCACCAUCUGUGGAUCUGUUGGGGCGCUAUGCAAAUUGGAGUGGGUCUAGGGUUUCUGGGAUAAUGGUGUUGAUGUGAGCCAUGACCAGCCUUUCAAAGCACUUCAUGGCUACAGACGUCAGUGCUACGGGUCGGUAGUCAUUUAGGCAGGUUACCUUAGUGUCCUUGGGCAUGGGGACUAUGGUGGUCUGCUUGAAACAUGUUGGUAUUACAGACUCAGUCAGGGACAUGUUGAAAAUGUCGGUGAAGACACUUGCCAGUUGGUCAGCACAUUCUCGGAGUACACGUCCUGGUAAUCCGUCUGGCCCUGCGGCCUUGUGAAUGUUGACCUGCUUAAAAGUCUUACUCACAUCGGCUACGGAGAGCGUGAUCACAUAGUCAUUCGGAACAGCUGGUGCUCUCAUGCAUGCUUCAGUGUUGCUUGCCUCAAAGCGAGCAUAGAAGUGGUUUAGCUCGUCUGGUAGGCUUGUGUCACUGGGCAGCUCGCGGCUGUGCUUCCCUUUGUAAUCUGUAAUAGUUUUCAAGCCCUGCCACAUCCGACGAGCGUCAGAGCCGGUGUAGUACGAUUCAAUCUUAGUCCUGUAUUGACUCUUUGCCUGUUUGAUGGUUCAUCGGAGAGCAUAGCGGGAUUUCUUAUAAGUGUCCGGGUUAGAGUCCCGCUCCUUGAAAGCGGCAGUUCUACCCUUUAUCUCAGUGCGGAUGUUGCCUGUAAUCCAUGGCUUCUGUUUGGGGUAUGUACGUACGGUCACUGUGGGGAUGACGUCAUCGAUGCACUUAUUGAUGAAGCCAGUGACUGAUGUGGUGUACUCCUCAAUGCUAUCUGAAGAAUCCCGGAACAUGUUCCAGUCUGUGCUAGCAAAACAGUCCUGUAGCUUAGCAUCUGCGUCAUCUGACCCUUUACUCAGUACUUUGUUGAAGCACCUUUGGUAGCGAUUAUAGCCUCGAUUCUUCUUGGGUAUGAAGCUACAAGCUUGGCACACCUGUAUUUGGGGAGUUUCUCCCAUUCUUCUCUGCAGAUCCUUUCAAGCUCUGUCAGGUUGGAUGGGAGCGUCACUGAACAGCUAUUUUCAGGUCUCUCCAGAGAUGUUCGAAUGGGUUCAAGUCCGGGCUCUGGCUGGGACACUCAAGGAAAUUCAGAGACUUGUCCCCAAAAAAAUAUAUAUGGGGGAUUGGAAAUGAUGCAGACAAUUACAUUGAUGAAAGCCACAAUUGUUCUGCAAUAUUAAAGCUGAUCUACCCCUUAAAAAAAGAAAAAGGAAAAAAAAGGUUUCAAUGUGUGCCAUUCACCCUCUGAAAGGCACACAAACACAAUCCAUGUCUCAAGGCUUGAAAAUCCUUCUUUUUACCUGUCUCCUCCCGUUCAUCUACACUGAUUGAAGUGGAUUCAACAAGUGACAUCAAUAAGGGGUCAUAGCUUUCACCUGGAUUCUCCUGGUCAGCCUAUGUCAUGGAAAGAGCAGGUGUUCCUAAUGUUUUGUACACUCUGUGUACAAGGGUUGUGUUUAGUAGAGUAAAUGUCUUGACAUGGAGUGAAAUGGUGCGGUACUGCCUGAACUUGUCCAAUUAGAACACAUAUUUUCAUUUUCCGUUGCAAAACGUUUUGCUACAGUACAGUGUACCCUGCUGAACACAUCCCAGGAUUAAUUAGAAGCUACUCUUCUCCCUUCUGACCACUAUGAUGAUCUGUUUACACACUGGGUUCAUGAUUGAGGAGAACAGAGUUAUUUUGUAACUGUGCAUCUUCCAUUUCUAGUCCUCUGACUAUCUUGCUGAAUUGCGUAAACACAACAUUGUGUGUUCUACUGCAAGCUUUUUUAUUGAAGAGCAUCCGUUUGAGAGCUAACACAGCAAACACAGUGUCUACAGCCUUGAGGUUGAAUGGUGAAAGCGCAGCACUGUACUGUAACUCUAAACCAACAGUAAGAUAAAGAAAGGAGAGCAACAGCUUCUCACAUUACGAUAACAGAGUAAAAGGAAAUGUACUGUAAUGUUUGUUGACGCAAAACAUCCAUCCAUUAUGUAAUAAUUUCUCAUCAUUUGAUCAAGAACCAUGGAAGGGGUGUUUUUAAAACAUCUUAUAUCUCCCCUUCCUUCUCUCUCUCCCUCCAUCCACCCCUCCCUUUCUCCCUAUCUCCCUCCCUCCCCAGGUGCAGGGGUUCCCCAGUUCCAGCCUAUAGCCCUGAACUCAGGCUUCCGUAUCCAGGUGCUGGUCAACGGCUCUUUGCUAAUCAAACACGUGCUGGAGGAGGACAGCGGCUACUACCUGUGUAAGGUCAGCAAUGAUGUGGGAGCUGACGUCAGCAAGUCCAUGUACCUCAACGUCAAAAGUAAGUCACUGAAGACCCCCAUCUUUCAUGGCUUUAUACAUGGACCUCAGUGUCAAAUUGAAAUCCCCCUCUUUAUCCUGGAAUGUCUGUGUUCUCCAAUGUCA